AGAGAGAGAGAGAAAAAGAAGAGAGAAAGAUUUGAUCCUUUUUAUUAUUAUUAUUAUCUUACUUUGAGAGGGAAAAGAAAUGCAAUUUAAGAAGCAACUACUCUAUUCUUGUUGGAAAUAACAAAGUGCAUACCAAACCAAACCUUCCUAAAAGACAUUGAAGAGUGAGAAAGUACACUGCUUCUCCUGACUAUUAAACAAACAAAAGAUCAAUUGCCUCAUCUCCUCUUCCUCUAGUCUUACUUAUAUAUAGAGAGAAAAACAGAGACAAAUUAAUUUCUCACAUAGAAAAAUUUCAAGAAGAUGUUUGCAGCUGAAAAUGGACUCAAAGGAGAUUCUAGGCUUCAGGGCAUUUCUCAAGCCAUUAGAGUUGUUCCUGAUUUCCCAAAACCAGGAAUAAUGUUUCAGGAUAUUACAACUUUGUUGUUGAAUCAUAAGGUAUUUAAAGACACAGUGGACAUAUUUGUUGAUAGGUACAAAGACAUGGACAUCUCUGUUGUUGCUGGAAUUGAAGCUAGAGGGUUCAUGUUUGGUCCAUCUGUAGCUCUAGCCAUUGGUGCAAAGUUUGUUCCUUUACGCAAGCCAGGAAAAUUGCCAGGUAAGGUAAUUGCAGAAUCAUAUGAACUGGAGUAUGGGAAAGAUUGUUUGGAGAUGCAUGUUGGAGCUGUACAGCAAGGGGACAAAGCAGUCAUACUUGACGAUUUGGUAGCUACCGGUGGAACGCUCUCUGCUGCAAUUAAACUUCUAGAACGGAUGGGGGCUGAAGUGGUUGAAUGUGGUUGCGUUAUCGGAGUGCCAGAGGUCAAGGUGUUUUUUAUCACUUCAUUUUAUUGGAACAAGCAUGAUCAGGGGUCAAAGCAGGCUAAAGGGAAAGCCCCUCUAUAUUCUUGUGGAACCGCGGGAACUAGAAGAUUUUUGAUGAGAUAUGUGAAUCCUUAGGUUGAUCUCUAUCAAGAAGAGAUGAUGCCGAUGAGAAAAAUCACAGCUGUUUGGUUGACCGAUGCUCAAAUUUUGGUUUCCAUUUAUCAUUUAUUGGCCAUUUCUCUUUUUUUUUUUUUUUUUCAUAUGGUUCUUUCAGUUUCAUGAUUAGUUGAAUUUCAUUGUUAUUGUAAAAGCUGACUAAAAAUGUGCCAUGACAGAAGCUGGGUUUGACCAUUCGUUGUUCUAUCUAAUUUACUUAAUGCGAUUCAUUUUAAAAAAAUACUCAGCCAUAUUUUUAUUCAAUUAAAAAUUAGUUCUAGCAUU